GCAGCUUCCCCCGCGGCUUAGACUUUAGAUGUCAUGUAUUCGUUCACAGAAACAUAUUUUUUGUUUGCGAAUCUGUUGAGAUAACUUUAAAAACAUUAUGAAGGCAGCACAUCAUCAACCCAACAACGGGAUUUCCGUGAACUGCCUCGAGAGCAUCGAACGGGAUCCUUCAACAGCUAACUCGGAACUCACGAGGGUUGCCAUGGCGAGGCGUCGCUAAGAAGCACGGCACGGAACGGAACGGCGCGGAACCGCACGGCUAACAGGCGCAGUGGAAGAAUCGGACUCCGUCCUGCACGAGACUUGGCGCGAGGGAGCCAGCCAAACGUCUCCCGUAUUUUCGUAGGAGUAGGAGGAAGACUGGCAUCCGUCAAGACCCCCGCUCGGCCCCGCACGACCCACCGGGACAACGGAACAAUGUUGGCUGACGUUAGCUAGCCGCAGAGGAUGUUCGUGAAAUGGGAGCCCUGGAAAAUAUAAAAUAACAUAAGCUGGAUCACCCUGAAGACUGCCUUGUCCUCCUCAAAAUGCAUCAGUCCAAUGAGGACAACUUGGAUGGAGACAGGACCCGCAAUUCCAGUGGAAGCAUGACACAGAAUUCAGAAUCUUCCUCCAAAUUCCAGUCAGGCGACAAUAAGAAGAGGAAUGGCAAGAGGAACCAGGCCAGAACCAGGAGACGGGGUGCGUCUGAUGGCGACAGGAACAGUGGCUCCUACUAUUCAGAGGACUAUGAGAACAGCUCAGCCUCUGGCUGCUCUCUUUCUCCCAGUUCCCGUUCCCUGUCCCCAGUUCCCCGGAGCCUGGCCCCUACAAAACGGGUCUCCAGCAGCCCGCUGCGGAAACCAGGCCUACGAAAGUCAGGCUCUCGGCACCUUCGCCCAGGUGCUCCCCUGCAGCAGGGUGGGGGGCGCUCUCAGAGCCUGAACAAGGACCCUUUGCCGAAGGACUUGGACCUGGUGACCAAGCGCAUGCUGUCAGCGCGCCUACUAAAGAUCAAUGAGCUGAAGAACGAGCUGGCUGAGACGCAGCUGCGGCUGCAGCAGCUGCAGCAGGAGAACAAGGUGCUGCGGCAACUGCAGCUCCGCCAGGAGAGGGCGCUGCAGCGCUUUGAGGACACCGAGAGCGAGAUUGCCCAGCUUCUCUCGCGUCACAGCAGCGAGGUGCAUGCGCUGCGGGAGCGUCUGCGCCGAAGCCAGGAGCGGGAGCGUGCUGCGGACCGGCGGCAGCGGGAGACGCAGGAAGAGCUGACCCGCUGCCGGUCAGCCCUCCAGAAGUUGCGACGGUUGGCCGAAGAACGCCACCUAGGGGAGAGGGAAGAGCUGGCACGCAAGCUGGAGCAGGCUGAGGGGCGCCUUGCUGACAGUGACCGCAGAGUCAAGGACCUGGAGCGGAACCUGGAGCUAACGAGCAGCAGCCUCCAGCGGCAUCUGACAGCAGAGAGGAGAAAGACCCAUGAGGCUCUGGAGGAGGCCAAGGGCCUGAGGGAGGAGCUGGAGCGCCUAGGCCACAAACUCAAGGAAAAGGAAAGAGAACUCGAUACCAGGAACAUUUAUGCCAACCGGAUGAAACCUGCACACAGAAAAGAAGCAGAGAGCUCCAUGAAGAAAAGAGGCCCCCCCACAAGUGCUACCAAAGAAGUGCAGACAGAGGACAGGAUGUUCUCCUUGGAGUUUCCGACCCCACCUCCCGCCAUCACGGACAGAAAUGAGCCCCCCCAGAGAGAUGAGUACCUCUCACUGAAGGCAAAUCAGGAGGCGUCAGACGGAGAGAACUGGCACAAGGUGGGGAGAGAGAAAGAGGAGGUGGUACACCAAGAGCAGGAGAUGGAGAAUGUCAGGAGGCUGCGGGGAGAUAAGGGUCUCACCCCCAGUUCUGCUGUUAGCCCCCUGACUGAAGCAGCAGAUUCUCGGAUGUCCAUGUCAGACACAUGGAGGAGGCAAGGGGAGCCCACACUUCUCGGAGAGGAUGAGGGGAGGAAGAGGUGGGGCCAUGACUCACCUCGGGUGCAGGAGAAGCAGGAAGAGGAGAAAAGGGUGAGGAGCCAGGAGCUCCUGGAGGAGCGCAGCAGGAAGGAUCAGCUUCUGGCCAAAAUGAAAGAGAUCGACCUACAGGGCCGUGACACAAACACAGACAUGAUUGUCUCUGAGCACAAGCCAGCCUGGACACCACCGCAGUACAUUUUCAGCCUCACAGACCCAGGGGAGAACCUGCAGGAUGGGGGCCGAGAGUCACUGAGGAAGUCUGAGCCAUUGGGGAAGAGGGGCCUUCGAACACUGGACUCCAAUGAGGACCUGUCAUUCGGCAGCUACACCCCCUCGUUUGGUCGGCCGGCACCAAGGGCUGGUCUGGUGAACCUGCCGGGCCCGAGGAGCGACAGGCUGGAGGAGAGGAGCCAGGACAACCCCGGUGUAGCAGGGGCACCGGCAAAGGAGCAGAAGUCCAACCUGAUGGAGCAGCUCUUUGGCACCCAUGCCGGUGCCAACAUGCCCAGCAGGCUGGAAGUGCUGGGCUUCUCCAGAGCCCCUCUGGAAGAGGGAAGUGCUGGAAAACCCUCAUCCACAGAGACUAACGGGAAGCGGGGUGACUUCUUCCCAUUCAGCGGGGAUCCAUCAACUGGCUAUGGCAGGGGCGCUUUACAGGUGGUUGAGAGUCGCCCUGCGGUGAGGGCCAUCGCCUCCUUCGAUGACGAAAUCGAGGAGGUGACACUCUAAGCAUCAGGCAAGUGGGGGACCAUCCGCCAUUUCCACCGAAAGGCAAAGGACAAUGUUCAAUGAAGUCAGUAGAUGCAUUAAUGUUUAUACUGUGUAUGUACUCAGAAAAAGUGAUUGUGUGUGAAAUCAUUUCCCUGUUUCUAAUACCACUGCAUCAAACAAUCAGUUGUAAACACUAAACAAGGACUGUGUCUCCAUAUUUGUUAGCAGAGGGACAUUUUAAAUGGGUACACAAGAGCUGUUCCCAUUCUGAGCACAACUGUGGACAAGAUUUCACAAUUACUCAGGUAGAAUCAUGUUUGGGUUUGAUUUUGUAAUUAACCCAAAAUGUGUGGCAUUUGGAGCCAACCAUAAGCACUAACCAGAAGCCUAUUUAAUUGGAGCACCAUGUGUGUAAUUCAGGGAGUUUUAAACAUAAAGGACAAAGAGGACUAAAAAUGUUAUUUGUACAUCUUUACUUUUGUACAAAUUCAGUAGCGUACUUUUAUUACAAGCUGUUUUGCUAAUUAAGACAUUUAGUAUUUUUGUGCAGGUGGCUGUUUGAAAGCUCUUGAAUAUGUAUAUUCAACACAAAACAUAUGGACUUUCUAGAGAAAUUAGAAAUGCAUCUUUACACAGUAAAGACAUGGUGCAGUGAGUUAAUGUUCAUGUUUCAGAGAAGGGACAAAAAAAAUCAUUUGUUUUUCUGAACACUGUGUUUGCACAAGAUUUAGCAAUCUGUCAUCACAAUCUGACUUUUUUUCACUAAAAGAAUAGAAUUCACUUUAUUUGUAAAUGUUUUUACUAGUGAAAUAAUUGUGCUUUAUUAAAUAUCAAACUGCCUUUUCUGUUUGAAUUGUGUUUUCAUUUAAAAACAAAUGGGUCUAAACGCCUGAAUAUGUAAAACAUGCUUUGCACUGCAAGAAAUGGAAUACCACUGGAAAGCCCUUACCACAACCAUUUUUAACGACCAAUCACGGUGUGGAAACGAUGGUGGCCAGAGCUUUUCAGGUUCCACAUAGUGCGCAGUGAGUAGCCUAUUGACAUGUUAGAGACUCGCGUGGUACUUGUAUGAUUUAUUUAUUUAUUUAGGCAAAUGGAAGGGCAGCCUGCACUUAUGUAACAUAUCUGCUAUUAAUGAUUGUGUUGCACUUCAGUCUGUUUUUCCCCCAGAGUUGUUACUGUCAUGUAGAUCGGCAGUCACCUGGUGCAGGUAUGAUGUGCAGGUAUGAGGUGCAGGUACACUGGUCACUCCAAAGUCAGUGGGCCGGGAGAAACGUGUUCUUACAACAGCCCUCUUUGCCCUACUUCCUGUCUUUCUUUUUUCAUUUCGUGGGCUGUUGCAUUUUCAUAUUUAUGAAUGAUGCCUGUGUGCAAAUUUAAUGUUUCUAAACGGCUGCCUAUUUUUAAUUACCAGCACAUUUUAGAUAUGAUAACAGUGUUGUACAUUGUAGAUACUUGUAUUUCCUUUUAUAUUUGUGUUUAUAUAUAAAUGUUUCUGGUGAUUCUAAUAAACAAUUUAUGACCAUG